UUUAUUUAAACGAUGUUAACAUUACAUAACCACUUACCAUUGUUUCAUGUGUCCUUUUCACACAUUCACAUAAUUUCCUCAAUAUUAAAUUCAGCAAUAUGUUUGAUUAAGGAUAUUAAAAUUCACUUUUGGAGAAAUCAUGUCCCCGAAGCAUGUUUUUUGUUUUACAAUUGUAAUUCCAUUGCUGUUGAUCCUAUACCUUAAUACUUGCACAAAACGGGCUCUUGCAGAGUGUUUGACCAAUUUUUACAAAGAUGGGAACAUGUGCAUAGAAUGUCCGGCCGGUUACUACAAUGACAACUGCUCAGAUGUAUGUCCUGCACCACUUUAUGGCCUUCUUUGUGCCCAAAAAUGUGACUGUGUGCCUUGUCAUCACGUCUAUGGCUGUUCUCUUACUCUCUUUAUAGAAGAAGCAACAAACGAUGAUUUUGAAACUCGGAGUAAAAAGGAAGAAAACAAGCAGGCAUCCGGAAACAGAACAAUUUCUGACAUUCCAUUAGAAUGUUCGACCAAUUAUUACAAAGAUGGGAACGAAUGUAAAGAAUGUCCGGUUGGUUACUACAAUGACAACUGCUCAGAUAUAUGUCCUCUAUCAUAUUAUGGUCCUCGAUGUGCCCAAAAAUGUGACUGUUUGCCUUGUCAUCAUGUGUACGGCUGUUCUUCUUCUCCCUUUAUAGAAGAGACAGCGAGCGAUUAUAUUUCAACUCGGGAUAAAAUAGAAGACAAAACGAAAGCAUCAGGAAACAAAUUAACCACUUCUGAGGCAGCGAGCGAUUACAUCACAAAAUGGGAUAAAAUAGAAGACAAAAAGCAAGCAUCGGGAAACAAAUUAACCACCUCUGGUAGAAUUAUAAUUAUUUCAAUAGGAUCUGUACUAUGCUUCAUAUUAAUGCUUGUAAUAAUUCGAGAGUUGUGGUUAGGUUGCCAAUUUCCUCAACCUACUGGCAAACGGACAAUCAUUAAUGAUGUUUAUGAGGAUAUUGCUGAAAUAGACAGUGUGAGAGUAGAAUGAAAUUCGGUGCUGUUCAGGAACUCCCAAAAUGAU